AUGUUCGUUUUUCACGAUCGUCGUUUACUCUACGGCCUAUUAGUGCCGGGUACUGCUAUUCUAAUUGGUGGUCUCAUUUGGUAUCAUAAUCGUCGCAAAAAUGAACAAAUUCGUUUAAAUCGUUCAGAAUAUCUUGUACUUGAAAUUCAAGUGCCUGUCUAUUGUGUCGGAAGUAUAAUUGGUAGAGGUGGUGAAGCAAUUAAACGGUUUCAACAGGAAUUUUCAGUUCGUUGUGCAUUUGCAAAAGAUGAUGAAAAACUUCUUAAAGAAAAUUAUCGAAUAUUAAUUAUACGUGGAGAACGCCAUCAUGUUUAUGAAGCUGAAGUUGAAAUGCGUCGUUUAAUUGCUGAUUUACCACAAUAUCAACAAAUUGAAAUGUUCAUACCUGAUCAUGCCUGCGGAUAUUUAAUUGGAAAAAAUGGUUCACAUAUAAAAAAUAUUCGUGAUAGUUCAAAAGCACGCUUGAGUUUAGAUAGGAAAAUUAUUGAUAAUUUAGAAAAUAAAAGAUUUUCUCGAUUAAUUAUUUCGGGAACUAGCGAACAAAUAUCAGCAGCUAAAACUUUAGUUGAAGAACGAUUAUAUCGACUUGAACAAAAAAAGAAGGCAUAUGAUAAUAAUUCUGUGAUAUCAACGAAUUUCGUUGACGAUAACGAUGACACUAUAGAUCAUGACUAA